AUGGCGUGGAAUGUCGGGGGGUUGACAGCAGACAACUUGCUGAAACUCCUGGACACUUUCGACGGCAGCCCGGACCUGAACUGCGUUACACUUGUCCUGGUGCAGGAAAUUAUCUGCGACCCAGGCCUCUUUCAUUCAGAGUCGGAUACAUGGCAGCUAGUGUACGGUAAAUGCAUCGGGGAAUUCCGAGGGGAGUGCAUAGCACACCAGACCAAGCACUGCACACACCACCGAAGCCAAGUCUGCACCGGGGGGGUGACAACCACACUGCAAAGCCUCACUAACAAGAACACAGUUCGAGCACAUGCGGGACACAUCCCGCACCGCGCGACCAUCCCACAGACUGAAAGCAUACUUGCCGAAUGGGAAAGCAACUUGGGGGACCAGCCGCGCUGCCUCCUGGGCUUAGACGCCAAUGAGACCUUCACCCCACCACUCACCCACGUGUCAGGAUGCUACGCCACCUCAGGACGGGGGGAGGCCAUCUUGGACUGGACCAACCGCCACGGCUUCACACUACCCCCACAACAGCUCCACGUCCCCAGCUACUACCCCUACAACCACAGCAUGCAACCGCGCAGACUGGACUACAUCAUGGCUCGGGGGAUUACGGCGGGCGCUGGGAAAGUCAUCCCCUGCCGUGAUAGAGCAUCGUCCGACCACGACGGCGUGGCAGCGCCCAUUGGGGCACAUAAAGGGGGAGGCUCCACCCGCACCACAUGGGGACCCAGACGGCUGCGCCCGCCCCACCAAGUAGAGCAACUGCUUGCGAUUCCGCCCCCCAGGCGAGAAGACCCGCACAAAGUCCUCGCCACGCUCGCCAAGGCAAUCACCACUCCCGGCAGCGGACACAACAAAUUCCAGGAGAGCCACGAGCUUCGGGGGAUGCGACAGGCAGCCCAACAGUGCCGGCCCGGCCCCGCAGCCAGACUGGCGUGGAAGGCCGUUGCAAAACGUCACAAACAGGAGCACCGAGCAUGGAACACCAAGCAAGCCGAACAGGCUUCACAACUCGACUGGCGCUCCCUUCGUACCCUCCAGAAAGCCAGGACACACCGAGGAUGGCAACUGCACCUCCAGGACAACCCAGACUGGCAGACCCAACUGCAUAAACAUAUGCGGUCCAUCUUUGCCAAACCCCUGCCCCCCGGGGGAAAUGCGCGCAUUGCAACACUGCGGGACCAACUGCGCCGCAAAUGCAAGCUCACUCCAUGGCGCCCCUUCCAACUUGCAGAGCUACAGCUUGCAGCUCAACGGUGGGGGAGCAACAAAAGCACCGGACCGGACGGCAUCUCCCACGAAGCCACCAAAGCAUUACUCUACCACGACAAAUGGGGGGGGACCAUCGCCUACGUCCUCAACGACAUGCUCUACACGGCCCGGGUCCCCGAAGCCAUUGAUCGGGGGAUCACGGUGCUCCUACCCAAAGUGCCCACCCCCCUUGAAUGGACAGACACACGGCCCAUUACCCUCAGCAGCACCCUGCUCAAAUUGGCAGCACAACUGCUCCUGGCAAGAGGGGGAGCAAACAUCAGGGGGGAGGCGCGACUCCAGUGGGCGCGGCAAGGCAGGCAAGGGGUGGAAUUGGUUGCAACAAUAAGGCGGGUGACGCAAAUGGCGAAAGACUGGGGCGUUCCCACAUGGCUUGUCAAACUGGACAUACGAAAAGCGUUUGAUAGUGUCUGGCAGCAUAGUAUGAGUGAGCUUGUUGCGUCGCGUGUGGGGGGAAUACCAUCCACGCGCUGCCCAGUCCCAGCAGGCGGGGGGGACCAACCAUGGGAGGCCCUCAUGUGGCUCAGCAUUCUCGAAACCCGCACCCUCAAUGUAGCGGUGGGGGACACAAUCGCCCCAGUGCCCCAAACCAACGGCAUCCCACCCCGAGCAGGGGGAUGUUUCCUCGACGAUACCUACCUUUGGUCGCAGGACCGCAACCACUUGCAGCGCCUCUUGCGGAACCUUGAAACAGAGCUCGCAGAGGACGGCCUCCACAUCCACCCCACCAAGACCGCUAUCCUGUUUAGCCAGCCAGAAGGGGGAGGCACCUUCCAAAUAGGGAACGCCACAGUACCGUGCGCUGACCACAAAACCGUCAUCGCGACGCUGGGUUCCCCCAUCACCUUCGGGGAGCAGACGGCAGCGAUCAUUGCAGAAAUGUGCCGACGGGGGAGACAAUCCUUCGCCAAGCACAAGAGCAUCCUACUUGCACGCACGGGCCUGAGAGCAAGAAUGGCAGCAUACACCACGCUAGUUCGAUCGGCAGCGCUAUAUGCAGCUGAAACAUGGCCAGUCAACCAGCGCAUACUGAAAGCAGCAAAUUCCUUGCAAGCACAACACUUGCGGCGCAUGCUGCACAUAGAGAGGCGGCCCACCGAACAGUGGGCGGACUGGCAUAUCCGAUCGCUCCGGCUGGCGCGACUCCACCUACAGAGGGGGGGCUGGAACCGCUGGUCCACAUACAUCCUGCAGCAAAUCUGGUCCCUGUGGGGACACAUGGCUAGAGGGGGAGCCGAGGUUAACGCCAUGGUCCAGUGGAAAAAUCUGGCCUUCUGGCGCAAAGAACAACGCAAACCGCGCAGCAGUAGAGUCAACCAUGCAGCCCGAUUCAAUCCGGAAGCAGACGUCGAGAGAGCCUUGGAGAGCAUGGGGGGAACGCGCUGGGGGGAAGCAGCCCAGGACCGGGCACACUGGCAAUCCUUGUCUACGACCUUUGUUGAGCGCUACGACGUGCCGUGGGCGACAGGGAAGCAAACAAGCAUACAAGACAACCUCACACCAAACAGCCACAGAGGGGGGAGGGCAAGCAGACCAGCACUUCGGCAAUAA